GGCCUGGCCUCCGCGUGACGUCAGGGCAGAAUGGCAGCGGGCUGGUCUCGGACGGUCUCCGCGUAAAACUGGGUCUGUGGUGAGAGCGCGCGGGUCGUUUCUACACACCGCGCGCUGUUAUUCUCUCCGUUGCACAGAAACACACACCUGUACAUGUGUGUGUGUGAAGUUCAGCCAUGCCACUGGUGAAGAGGAACAUUGAGCCACGUCACCUGAGCCGGGGAACGCUACCUGAGGGCAUUGGCAGCGAACUUGAGUGUGUGACCAACAAUACACUCUCCGCCAUCAUCCGUCAGCUCAGCAGCCUCAGUAAGCAUGCAGAGGACGUGUUUGGUGAGCUAUUUAACGAAGCGAACACCUUCUACCUGCGAGCGAACUCAUUGCAGGACCGCAUAGAUCGCCUGGCUGUGAAGGUCACCCAGCUGGACUCCAGCGUGGAGGAAGUCUCUCUCCAGGACAUCAACAUGCGGAAGGCCUUCAGGAGCUCCACUGUUCAGGACCAGCAGGUGGUGUCCAAGAGCAGCAUUCCAAACCCCAUAGCUGAGAUGUACAACAUGAGUGAGAAACCGCCGCCGCUCGGUGUCCUCUCAACUUACAGAGAUGAUCAUAUUGAUGGAAUGAAGUUCUACACAGAUCCUUCUUAUUUCUUUGACCUGUGGAAGGAAAAGAUGCUUCAGGACACAGAAGAUAAGAGGAAAGAGAAGAGAAGACAGAGAGAGCAGAAGCGGGGUGUAGAUGGGACUUUACCUCGCGAGGUUAAAAAGGUGCGUAAAGCUCGUAACCGGCGACAGGAGUGGAACAUGAUGGCGCUCGAUAAGGAGCUCCGCCCAGACCACCGCCAUCCAAACAGCCUUCACCGGGGGGCGUCCUCUGAGGGGUCUCUCUCACCAGAGGGCAGGCCGCACUGUCCUGACAUAGCAGACUGCCCCGUUCCAGCAGGCCACGCCCACACCCUGCCUGGUCAUGCCCACUCUCGCCCAUUUAUGCCUGGGGAAGUGGCCUCGUCCAAUCCUAGUGGAGGGGUGGAGCAUGAGUACCACAGCAUCGGUGGGCCCAUGGGUGUGGGAAUGGGUGUAGGAGCUCUGGGGGGCUACAGAGGCGGCACACUUGGGCGUUCACGUGCACCUCCUCCAAUGCACACCCACACUGAGGGUGGAGUCAAUGGCAUCACACUACCACCAGCAGACUACAGUAUGAUGGAAUAUUAUGCUAGUUCAGGUUCUCCUCCUCCUCCCCCUCCUCCUCCUCCUCCAGGUCCCCUCAUCCCUUCAUCGCAGACUGCUUUUGCCACGCCCCUAAUGGCUCCGGCCCCACCCAUGUCACAUCCUGGACCAGUCAACUCGGCUUUAUCUUAUCCCCUCCCACCUGUCCCACCACCUGGGCCACUUGUGGCCCCUCCUCCUCCAGGUCCCCCUCCACCUCCAGCUCCUCCCAUUCUGCCUCAACCGAUGGGAAUGGGAGAAGGGCGGAGACGUGAAUCUCAGCCAAUCACAGAUGGCCGCAGUGACCUGCUAUCGGCGAUACGUAUGGGUAUCCAGCUGAAGAAGGUGCAGGAGCAGCAGGAGCAGCAGGCUAAGCGAGAACGGGUGGGCAAUGAUGUGGCCACUAUACUGUCCAGGAGAAUUGCUGUAGAGUAUAGCGACUCAGAGGAUGACUCUGAGCUGGAGGACAAUGAAUGGUCAGACUGACCUCAGUCCACACACUGCUACCUCCUACAGUACACACACACAAAUGCACAUACACACAAACAGACGCACACACCUACGAACACCUAAUGCAAUGUAAUUACAAUUAAGAUGUAAACGGGUUUUAGUCGUUCAGAGUGGUUUAGUGUGAAACACCACUGUAGAGAAACUAAGAAUUGUUUACAGUGGUGGUGAUAGGAACCAGGUGUUUACAAUAGUUUUGAGAGGAUUUUGGCCUUGGUGGAGGGAUACAUGCAGGAUGUUUUGAGGCAACAUAGUCCCCUGCCCCCACCCCCAAAAAAAAACUCUUUUUCAGGUUUUUCACUAUUUUACCAUCAUCAACAUUACAUAUAAAACUCAGAAGACACGUGUAGGUUCACUGGUUUUGGAUAGUAAAUAAAAUGUCUAUAUUUGUGUUGUAGUCAUGACGACCCCUGCUUCCUAUUACCACAACAGUAAAGAAAUCUGAACCAUUUCACACCAAACCGCUCUAAAUCACUCUGUUUAGAUCUUAAAACGAUCGUAAAACUGUGUCUCAGAUAUCAGACAGUGAAUUCAUAACCAUUACAUUUAAUAACUCUGUGAGGGAGCUUUUUCACCACCACUGUGUAAAAAU